AGUUUCUCUCAAGCGGAGCGGCGCAUGCGCGGCGUGUCCCUGUGGCGUAGGACCACGUCCGUCGCAACUCACGGCGGGGCGGGGUCUUGUGCUGUCCGAGUGGUCCCCGGUGCCAGAGUGGACAUGGCGGCCGGCUGUGCCGGGGCUGUGUUGGCCGCCCUGGGGGUGCUCAGUGUCUGUGCAGCCAGCAGCUCUGGGCCCGAGGUGCAGAGGGAAGCCGGCGGGGAGGCGGAGUGGGCGGAACCGUGGGAUGGCGCGGUUUUCCGGCCGCCCUCGGCUCUGGGCGCUGUGGGGGCGGUGCGCGGUCCUGGGACUCCGAGGCCGGGGAGGGAGGAGACGGUGGACUUGCCCGUGUUGCUGUGGUGGAGCCCAGGGCUGUUUCCUCACUUCCCAGGCGACUCGGAGCGCAUCGAAUGUGCGCGCGGCGCAUGCGUGGCGUCCCGCGACCUACGGGUACGGAGUGACCCGCUGACGCGUGCGCUGCUCUUCUACGGCACCGACUUCCGCGCCUCUGCCGCGCCGCUGCCGCGCCUGGAGCACCAGAGCUGGGCUCUCCUACACGAGGAGUCGCCUCUCAACAACUUCUUGUUGAGCCACGGUCCGGGCAUCCGCCUGUUCAAUCUCACCGCCACCUUUAGCCGUCACUCGGACUAUCCGCUGACGCUGCAGUGGCUGCCCGGCAUCGCCUAUCUGCGCCGCCCGGCGCCUCCGCUCCGGGAGCGUGCGGAGUGGCGCCGCCGCGGCUACGCGCCGCUGCUGUACCUGCAGUCCCACUGCGACGUGCCUGCAGACCGGGACCGCUACGUGCGUGAGCUCAUGCGCUACAUCCCGGUGGACUCGUACGGGAAGUGUCUGCAGAAUCGGGAGCUGCCCACCGCGCGGUUGCAGGACACAGCCACGGCCACCACCGAGGAUCCGGAGCUUUUAGCCUUCUUGUCCCGCUAUAAGUUCCAUUUGGCCCUCGAAAACGCCAUCUGCAAUGACUACAUGACAGAAAAACUGUGGCGCCCCAUGCACCUGGGUGCUGUGCCCGUCUACCGCGGCUCUCCCUCUGUGAGGGACUGGAUGCCGAACAACCACUCCAUCAUCCUGAUUGACGAUUUUGAGUCCCCUCAGAAGCUGGCAGAGUUUAUUGAUUUUCUGGACAAGAAUGACGAGGAGUAUAUGAAAUUUCUGGAGUACAAGCAACUUGGGGGCAUCACCAACCAGUUCCUUCUGGAUAGGCUGAAACACCGGGAGUGGGGGGUGAAUGAUCCUCUGCUGCCCAACUACCUCAACGGCUUUGAGUGUUUUGUCUGUGACCACGAACUGGCUCGGCUGGACGCCGAGAACGCCCAUGCAGCCUCUCCUGGGGACAUCCCUGUGCCUGAGCCUCAUAUUGCUCAGCCUUCACACAUGAACUGUCCAGUGCCCACACCUGGCUUUGGCAAUGUGGAAGAGAUUCCUGACAAUGACAGCUGGAAAGAGAUGUGGCUACAAGAUUAUUGGCAAGGUCUGGACCAGGGAGAAGCUCUCACUGCCAUGAUCCACAACAAUGAGACACAGCAGAGGAAAUUUUGGGAUUACUUGCAUGAGAUCUUCAUGAAAAGGAAUAAAAAUAUCUAACUGUCCUUGAAAGAGGCUUUAACUUGGAAAAUCAGAUUUUAUCCUACGAUGGCAUGUAAGGAACAGCCAUUGCCCAAAGCCCUUAAUGAAAACUUACCAUGGAUUCACUUAUAUUCCCUGAUUUUUUUUUUCCAUUGCUGGGGGGAUCAAACCCAAGAUUUGAGCAUGUUAGGUAAGUGUUCUAUCUAGGUAUUUUAUCUUAAUGAUGUAUAAUAAUAGAGCUUCUCAAGGAGAGAUGGAAAUAGAGUUCUUGGUUCAUUGGGAAAUAGAAGCCUGAAACAUCCGUUUGACUCAAGAGGCUGGCCCAACAGAAUUUUUUUAUGCGCUACUGGGGUUUGAACUCAGGGCCUCAAACUUUC